UCUUUAGACUCUGCGUUCUUACACUCUGUGCGUGUGGCAUUGAGAAUUUUUGUCCAUUUGUUUGGUACUUCCUGUUCUUCCGUUCUGCUGUGCACGGGGUUCUUAAAUUCUUUGGCUCCACACAUCUUUGGUUGCCGUGAUUUUAGCGAACUUCUUCUCGUUUGAAAAAAAAAAGAAGAGCUUUGUUUUCUUGUUUCUAUCGACCUCAUGCUUACUUGCGAUGUGUUUAACUCGGACUUUUCCUUUUUGCUGUGUCCAGGAGCAUUACGGAACUUAGAUGAUGAGUAGUGGGCAUUCCAGUGGUGUCCAGACUCAGCUCGAGAAUUACGGAGGUUAGUACAUUGUAGGCUAGAGUACAUAUAGUGGGCCGGAUGGCAUAGGAUAGAAUUCUAGGCUCGUGGAUCUGGAGGCUCCCGGAUUGUUUUUUUUUCUCCAGUUUCCUCUCGGACUGGAGAUUUGAGCAGGGGGGUGUCUAGAAUGUAGAUUCUACAGGAAACUAGGGGCUAGAGUUUGUCUCGUGAUAUUCCAUGCCGCAGCAGGCUUCGCAAACUGCAAAGCCGCUUCCUUCUCCUUCUUCCUCACAAGUGCCAGCUCCGUCUCAGUCUCCAUCGCCUGCACAGCAGCAGCAGCAGCAAGUACCGCACGAAGCCUCGCAGCAAACUCAGCAGGCGAAUGCUCCAGCUGGAACUGAGAGCUCACCUUCUUCUGCUGCAAACCAAAGUACCGAGGGAAGAAAAAUCUCAUGCGAAGACAUACAAUUGGUACAAAACCUCAUUGAAAGGUGCCUUCAGCUGUACAUGAAUCAAACCGAGGUUAUCAACACUCUCUUGAACCAAGCAAAGAUCGAGCCUGGUUUUACAAGCCUCGUUUGGCAAAAGCUAGAAGAACAAAAUCCAGAUUUUUUCAAGGCUUACUACGCCAGGCUCAAGCUGAAGAAGCACAUCAUGACUUUCAAUCAUUUGCUCGAGCAGCAGGUCCAUCUGAUGCAAAAGAUGCGAAUUAUUCCAACAAAAGUUCCAAUGCCGCAUCCCAGCAAUGGCAUGCACCACGCAAUGGGACAGGUGCCGAUGGGGUAUCCAGUUCCUCCACUGACUGGUGAUAUGCCCGCUCCACCAAUGCCUAUAGUAACCGGUGGCAAUCCACUAGCUGAGAACUUUCACGAAAGCCCAGGAUCCAGUGCAAUGGAUUCAAUCAUGCAAACAGGUGAUAUUCCCGGUUCGGGAGGUGCCAACGGCGCAAACUUCCCGUUUGGAGGCAUUACUGAUAUGUCCGGGAUGGUUUUGGACACGCCGUUUGUGUCGCAUGAGCCUCACUCUCACGAGCACAACUCUCAGAAUGGGAUUGUGUCGUUUGACGGUGGAGAAGAAGAUGGCCACAACUCAAGGGAGUCGCUUGGAACGCUUGGCCAUCUUCCGAGGAACUUUAGCUUGUCGGAUCUCGCCGCGGAGCUGGGAGCGAGUUCUGAUCUAGGAGCGCUUGGAGGCUACUCUUCCCCGUUCAUGAGCCCCGAGACUGAGUCAUAUUUGCAAUCUCCCGACAAGCACGAUAUCGCAAAUUGCGUCUUUUCAGAGGAUGACAAGCUACUGGAUAGUUUGGACUUUGGAGAUUUGAAGUAGCCGACGUGUUGCUCCGAUUGCGGACGACCACCAAGUAGAUGAUUUGAUGUGCGAUUUUUUUGUGCCAGAGCGAUUGAGAACCAGGACCAGAGGUCGGUUUUUUUUUCGCAUUUUGGCAUUCCCAACUUUCCAAAGAGGUCAAAUCCUUACGUCGCAAAGUUGUCAUGGUUU